AGCGAACUCAGUCUUGGAAUCGCUUUCGACAUGAAAAGUUGUCAAAUCCGAAGUUGGCCCUUAAUCGCACUUCUCUCAUUUGCCUGGAUCGGGAGCAAUGAGUGUGCCCUCAACUAUCGGCUCGAAGGCAACGUAGUGCCCACCUUCUAUAACCUUACCAUAGGUCUACGCGGCGACGCUGAGAACCCUGGUACACAGUUCGAUGGCGAGGUCUUCAUCACUUUGAAGGCGGUGCUGGCAGAUGUGAAGGAAAUCACGCUGCACAAGGAUAUAUCCAUCGAUAUAGAAGAAUGCUCACUCUAUAAUGCUGCUGGACAGCUGGUGGAGAGUGGACUUAACAAUCGGCUGACGACUGAGGAGCAGACACAGCAGCUAACAGUGCCCCUGGCGCAGUCCUUAGCUGCCGAUGCCAACUACACCUUGUACUUCAAGUACUCCGGGAAAGUUCAGUCCGAUACGGUGGGUCUUUUCUCCGCCAGCUAUAUAGACGAGGCUACGAUGAAGACCAAAUGGGUGCUAUUAACUCAGAUGCAACCCAUCAACGCACGCCUGGUCUUUCCCUGCUUUGACGAACCCGCUCUAAAGGCCAAGUUCCAGAUGCACAUUGGCCGACCAAGUGAUCUAAGGGUCGUCAGUAACACGCAUUUGAUCAAAACUACAGACGAGGGGUAUGCUUAAGCGGAUAGUUCCUUCAUAGAGGAUCACUUUGAGGUAACCCCCAUCAUGUCCACCUAUCUGUUGGCUUUCGUGGUCUCCGAGUACCAGGCACGGGGCAACAGCUCGUUGUCCAUCCUAACCCGUCCGGCGUACUACAACUACACGGAGUUCAGCUACAGCGUGGCAGAGCGUGUGCUGCCCGCAUUUGGUGAGCUGUUCCAGCAGUCUUAUCAGCAGCUCGGCAACGAGCUGUUGCAGUAUGCAACCACACCCCGUUUUCCCCACAACAGCAUGGAGAACUGGGGCCUGGUCAUUUUCAAGGAUAAGGCGGUCUUGGAACAGCCAGGCGUUACGGAUGGCUGGACGCAGAAGGAGUUCACCAUUCGCAACAUAGUCCAUGAGAACGCGCACAUGUGGUUCGGGAACAGCGUCACAUGCAAAUGGUGGAGCUACAUUUGGUUGCAUGAGGGAUUCGCGCGCUACUAUGAGUUCUUCAUGGGACACAAGCUAUAUCCGGAAUAUCAGCUGGAUCAGCAGUUUGUUGUGCAUAAGCUUCAGCACAUCCUAAUAACCGACUCUCUAAAUCUUACGCAACCCAUGACCAGCUCAGAGCUGAGCAUCCUUACACCCGCAGACAUCGAUUACAAGUUCGGAAGAAUCGCAUUUGCCAAGGCCGCUAGUAUAAUCCGCAUGUGGCGCCUUGCAAUGGGCGAGGAAAACUUUGACAAGGCCAUUAGGAACUACCUGAAGCAGCACCACUUGAGUAACACCUUGCCCACAGAUUUGUUUGACCACCUCAGGGAAAACUGGCCUCAACUCGCGCACGUCGACUUAAAUCAAUUCAUAUACGAUUUUACCGCGCAGGUGGGCUACCCACGGAUCAUAGUGAGCCUCACUCUGGAUAACCAUUUGUUAUCUUGGGAUCAGGAACGCUUUCUGUUGAAUGCCAGCGAUGGUAGCGAUCCCAAACUGCGCUACACAGUGCCCAUCACCUACGCCACAAACCUAGCACCGAAUUUCCAAAAUCUGACGCCCGCUUUCUACUUUGAUAAAAUAGUUGAUAUAUAUGCGCGCUGGUCGGACGAACCCAUUGACUGGGUUAUCGUUAAUCUUAAACAAGCCAACUACUACCGAGUUUUUUACGAAGGACCGUUGCUUGGCCGGAUUCAAGUAGCCCUGACCAAGAGUGACCACAGUGGGAUCCCCGUCGAGAAUCGUGCUGCAAUCAUUGACGACCUCUUCAACUUCGCCCUCGCUGGAUUGAUUGACUAUGUGGAGGUAUUCGAGUUCAUGGAGUACAUGAGCACAGAAACAGAAUAUAUACCCUGGUAUGCGGCAUAUGUGGGCAUGGAAGAGGUCGCAAAGCGUUUGACCCCACAGCAGCUGCCCAACUUUAACAAGUAUCUAAGCGAUAUCGCAGCUGCGGUCUUCGAUAUACUGGGCGUAGGUUGGACCUCCGGGGACAAGGUGUUGGAUGUCUACAAUCGCAACAAGCAGGUCGCCUGGCUCUGCAAGUACCAGAAUUCCAAUUGCACCAACCAGAUAAAGGAGUUAUUUGAAGGCAGCACGGAAAAGCCAUCUCCAGACUAUCGGGAGACAUUCUACUGUGCAGCCUCCAGAUCUGGCGGAUAUGCCCGCGUAAUGGCAUACUAUGCAAACGAAACCAACUAUAUAGACAGAGAGAUAUUCUGGCGAGCCGCCAGCUGUACGAGGGAUUAUCGAACGCACUACCAGAACGAGAUCUUAGGCAAGGGCAACAGCGUGGACCUGAAGAUUGUUGGCCUGGCUCAGCUGUACGAGCAGAAUCCCGACCUGGUAACGCCCAUUUUCCAAAUGAUAACCGAGGACAUCGCACAACUGGCUGAGGCCUUGGAGAGCUGGCCGAAGACUGCCCAGGCGCUGAGCGAUUUGGCGGACUAUUUCAGCACGCGGGAGCAGCAGCAGCUGUUCUCGAAUUUCUACAAGGAGAGCCAGACGCUGUUCGGCAGCUCCGCGGAGACGCUUAGGCAGGCACUGGAGACGGUGGACUCGAAUGUGCAAUGGGCAGAGCAGCGCUUGGGCAAGCUGGUCAGCUUUCUGGCCCAGAGGAAUGGAGCUGCUGGACUGACGUUGUCGUUGAUGAUGAUGUCGACGCUGGUCGGGUUUUUGCUUAAGCUGUGAUUUGUGAUUGUGAGUGGGGCAAUAAAUGAGCGCGAGGAGCGCAGCGCAGCGGGACAAA